AUGUAUAACAUAUAUCUGGAGUUAUACGGGCAAGUAAUGAAUUUCCCAGAACUGAAAAAUGAUCUAAUUCUAAGGGCUGCUCGCGGUGAGACAGUGGAAAGACCUCCUGUUUGGCUGAUGCGCCAGGCUGGUAGAUACUUGCCAGAAUAUCAUGAAGUUAAAGGUGGUAGAGAUUUUUUUGAAACAUGUAGAGAUGCAGAAAUCGCCAGUGAAAUCACCAUUCAGCCAAUCGAUCAUUUUGAUGGUUUGAUUGAUGCGGCGAUUAUUUUCUCAGAUAUCUUGGUUAUUCCUCAAGCUAUGGGUAUGGAUGUUCAAAUGAUAGACAAGGUUGGUCCUAGGUUUACCGAUCCAUUAAGAACUCCAGAAGACCUAAAGAGAGUAAACUUUAGUGCCGAUGUGAAGAAAGAGCUAGACUGGGCCUUUAAGGCUAUCACUUUAACCAGAACAAAGUUGAAUGGCAGAGUUCCAUUAUUGGGAUUCUGUGGUGCACCAUGGACGUUGAUGUGCUAUAUGAUUGAAGGAGGUGGUACCAAGAUUUUCAGGUUUGUUAAAGAAUGGAUAUUUAAGUAUCCUGAAGAAAGUAAAAGGUUGCUAAAGGGUAUCACUGAUGUUGCUGUUGAAUUUUUAGCCCUUCAAGUUCAAGCCGGAGCUCAAAUGCUGCAAAUUUUUGAAAGUUGGGGUGGUGAAUUGAGUGCAGAUGAUUUUGAAAUUUUUUCCUUACCUUAUCUGAAGGAAAUUGCAGAGAGGGUCCCAUUAAGACUCAAGGAGUUGGGACUUGAAAAGGUCCCAAUGACUGUGUUUGCCAAAGGCUCGUGGUACGCUCUAGAUCAACUCUGUGAUUCUGGUUAUGAUUGUGUUUCUUUAGAUUGGUUGUACAGACCCGAAGAUGCCGUCAAGGUUAACAAAAAUAGAGUAACUUUACAAGGUAAUUUGGAUCCAUGUGUCAUGUAUGGAAGCAGAGAAACCAUAACAAAGGAAGUUGAAAGGAUGAUCAAAGGCUUUGGUGGUGGUAAGAAGCACUACAUUGUCAAUUUUGGCCAUGGUACCCAUCCAUUUAUGGAGCCUGAACAAAUCAGACAUUUCUUGGAGGAAGUUCACCGGGUAGGUAGCUUGUAA